AGCGCGAAAUUCAAUUUCGAGGUUCGAUGGAGAAAGCUUGAACUGCCGCUUCCCGAGCGAUUCACCUCACCUCGGUCUUCAGAAGGAAGCUUCCAAUCCCAAGACUGGCUUGGGGAAUCCCCGGCCGAUCGAAUCUGCUACUCUCGUUUGUAUUUACUCGUCCCCUAAUGGCAUGAAUACGACCUGUACAAAGCCCAUUCCGAUUUAAUGGCGUCCCUCUUCCGCCCUCUCGCACCGUUAACUCGGCCGGCGAUACCCUCCUCCAUCUGCGCGCAAUGCCGCCGCACCUUCGUUUCCAGUCCAAUCCUCGAGUCCGGUCACAACAAAUGGAGCAAGAUCCGCCAUGACAAGGCGGCCAACGACGCGAAAAAGAACACCACGCGCACGCUCUUCGCCAAGAACAUCACUCUGUACUCAAAACUCUUCGGCCCCGACCCGAACAACAACCCCCAGCUAGCGACUGCCAUCCACGCGGCCAAGAAGGCUAGCGUGCCCAAAGACAAGAUCGAAGGAGCCAUUGCCCGCGGGCAGGGCAAGUCGUCCGGAGGCGCGGCCCUCGACUCCGUCACAUUCGAAGCGGUGAUGCCGCCAUCGAUUGCGUUGAUAGUCGACGUCGAGACGGAGAGCAAGCUGCGGGCUUUGCAGGAUCUGAAUCAGAUGGUCAAGAAGGCGAAAGGGUCGACCAGUUCGUCCAAGUUCUUCUUCUCGCGCCUCGGCCGGGUGGUGUUCGAGAAGGGCGAGAGCGGACUGGACGUGGAUCAGAUCAUGGACGAUGCGAUCGAGGCCGGGGCAGAGGACCUCGAGAACGAUGCCGACGGGAACAUUGUCGUCUGGACCCAGCCGUCGGGAACGAUGCAGGUGUGCAAGACAGUGGGGUCCAAGUUUGGGUUGAAGAUCCUGAGCUCGGAUAUUAUCUGGACGGCAAACGAAGACACCAAGGCCAAGCUCGAUGCGUCGGAGGAGCUGACCAGCUUCACGGACUUGCUCGAGGCGCUGCGGGAGUACCCCGAGGUGCAAGCAGUGUAUUCGAACGUGUCGAAGGGAUCUAUGAGCGACGAGGAAUGGGCGAGGAUAGAGGAGAACCUGGAUACAUAAAGGCUGACCGGAGACAGACUUUUGGAACAGUUGAUAGACAUGAGCAAACCCCAUAGAUGUAUAUGUAGUGUACAGUCGUAGAACAUGUCGCGCCAGCCGUAGCCAGGCCGUCGAGAGACGAG